CGACCGUCCGGGAUUGUCUCGACGGCGGUUUGCAGUCAGUGCUGGACAAGCUUGACGAGGCGCGCGCUGUCGCCGAGUCCCGAAGGCUCGAGCUCGAGCAAGCACAUCAGCAUUUUGCCGCCGAAGGGGAGAAGGCAAGGCAAGCGCAAGAGUCAGAAGCUGCGUCUCUGACAGCAGCGAAAGAGCAAGCGAUCGCUUCGCAAUCUGUGGCGUCGGCAGAGUUAGACCGCAUCGUGGCCGAAAGGGAUCAUGUGAUUGCAGAAACAGCGCAAGAUAGACAGAGAUUGCGGAGUGAGAACGCCGAGCUUGUGGCAAAAGUUCAGGCGAUGGGGCAAGCAGUUGCGGAUUUGAAGGAGCAGAUGGGAAGUGAAAUGAACUUAGUGAAAGAAACGUGUGCCGCGGAACUUCUAUCCUGCGAACAAGGCUACGAGCGCGAUCGCGAGACGCUCCAAGCGCAGUGGGCCAAGGACAAGGAAGAGAGAAUGCAGAGUUUCGAGCAGCAGCGGAGUGCCUUGGAGUCGGAAGUAGUGCUGUGGAGCCAGCGUGCGGCAGGCUUCGAGGCAGAAGUUUUGCGAUUAGCAGAAACUUGUCGCGCGCAAACGGAUCAAGCGGUUCAAGCACAGCAAGGCGAGUUUGCAACUGCGUUUGCGAAGCAAAUUGAAGAAGCG